AUGUGGUUGCCACGAUUUCUGAGACUCACUGUCGUGAUCUUGGUCGUCAAUCUUGGCGCUGUUCUAGGUCAAGAUGAUCUUGGCAUUGCCCAAGGCUAUGUCGACCUCAAGACAGCUAAUCUAAAUGCAAAGCUCGUGGGUAAAUCCCAGGUUCUCGCAUCACUUAAGCCAGCCGGGAGCGAUUUCGACUUCCUACCUUUUGAUUACUUAUCUCGAAGGGCACGCAACGGCCAGUAUCAUUGGGGCGAUAUUACGUUCCGCUAUCGACAAGCCGGAACAAGCUCCGCCUGGGUCGACGGCGACUCGGCGUUGGCCCGGCAGCCUGUGACGGCUUACUCUAAUACUUCUGCCAACUUGACGCCAACCCUCCCCUCAGGGCCUCUGAACAUCACCCGGCAAUGGACUGAUGUGGAUGGUGACCUAGCACUGGAGUUUUCCAUACAAAACACCGGCAGCUCCUCGAUCGAAAUAGGAAGUCUUGGAUUCCCUGCGGAGUUCAACAGCAUUUUCACAGACCGGACAGCAACGGAGAUGGAAGCACUCUGCUCUCUAUCGGACCCCUAUAUCGGCAUGCACGCGGGCUACAUUCGCGUGACGCCAACACGGGGCACAGGCGCUGCCCUUGUUGUCACGGCAUUGGGAGACACGCCUCUAGAAGCGUACCGGAAUCUCGAUGAGGAUUAUUAUGAUGACACGGCGUACGAGAGCCAAACUUUUGAGGGGUUCUACGAAUGGCAGGUCCUCUCAAAAGCUUGGGCAGAAAAGGAGUGGGCUGGCAGGAAGCCGUGGAAUGCUGCGUCCUCGAAGAUAGUCCAGCCGGGUGAGACGAUGCAGUUUGGCCUGCGAUUUUCGGUGGCCGUAGAUGGGGUCAGGGGCAUCGAUGGCACGAUUCAAGGUACUGGUACCCCGGUCGCCAGAGGAGUACCGGGAUACAUUGUGCCCCAAGAUUUGACUGCGCAGCUUCUCCUCAAAGCUGAUACCACUGUGUCUUCGAUCAUAGUGGACCCGGAGGAUGCGCUGGUGCUGGAAUCAUCUAAAAGCGACAUAUACACCGUGACACCAUCAAAGACAGCAUGGGGUCGUGUCAGAGUGACAAUUGCAUAUACGGAUGGCAAGAUUCAAACCGUGCACUACUACAUCACUAAACCUGCCACAGAGGCAGUCAGUGACCUGGGAUCAUUCUCGACAACCGAGCAGUGGUUUACUGACAAGUCGGACCCCUUUGGUAGAGCGCCAUCUGUCAUGACGUACGAUUAUGAGGAGAAAACGAUCGUCACGCAGGACGAGCGAGCCUGGGUUGCUGGUCUGAGCGAUGAAGCCGGUGCCGGCUCAUUCCUUGCCGCAGCUAUGAAGCAGUCUAUUCGUCCUGACGCACAGGAGGUCAUAAAAUUAGAGUCUUUCAUUGAUGGGGUCCUCUGGAAGACAAUCCAGACAGCCGAUUACAGCGUGCGGAAGAGUAUAUUCUUCUACGACCCGUCGGUUGUCCCUGGCUAUGCGUACAACAAAACGUUUGACUGGACAAGUUGGACAUCCUGGAAUCGUGCAUCUGCCUACGCGGUCGACCGGGCCUACGAUUAUGUGCACGUGGCGGCGACGUAUUGGGCAUUCUACCGUGUCGGGCGGGCAUAUCCAGAUCUUCUCAGCAGUCAUACUUGGGACUGGUAUCUCAACCAAUCUUACAGAACCGUCGUUCGUUCUAUGCAGUCCGAUGUCGGGUACAACCGUGUUGGCCUCAUGGGCGAGACUGUCUUUGGCGAAUUGCUUCAAGAUUUGAUCAGAGAGAACUUGACGUCAGAGGCAGAUACCUUGACUAAAGCCAUGAAAUACCGUGCCGCGCAGUGGAACUCUGAGGAGAUUCCAUUCGGAAGCGAGAUGGCCUGGGACUCUACUGGACAGGAAGUUAACAGCGUGCUUGGGUACAUGCCCACGGUUCCUCAUUGGGGUUGGAAUGGCAACGCUCGUCGCUACUGGGAUAACAUAUAUGGCGGAAAGCUUCGCAGGAUCGAGCGCCAGAUACACCACUAUGGCUCCGGUCUCAACGCCUUGGUUUUGCUUUCAGCCUUCCGUAGUAACCCUUCAGACACGUACCUGAUCCAGACGGGUUACGGUGGUACAAGCGGGCCACUCUCCAGUAUCAACCAAGACGGGUUCGCAGCGGCGUCGUUCCACUCCUGGCCCGAUACUCUGAAGUGGGAUGGUAUCAGCGGCGAUUAUGGCCCGAAUUUUGUCGGGUUGGCUUUGGGCUCUGGAACCUACGUUGUUCAAGAUAAUGACCUGGGAUUGGUAGCCUAUGGAGGUUCGCUGACCGUAGAUGGAACAGUUGCCCGCGUUGAGACGCGAGAUGCAGUAAGGCGGAAGGUUUUCGUUGGCCCUCUUGGAGUGCUGAUCUCCGUUGAUGCUGGUAUAAUCCAGGAAGUCGGUUAUGACACCAAGGACCAUGGCAGUCUUUCAAUCACACUGGCACAGCUAAAUAACGGACCGAGUGCUGCCGCGGUGGUGCUGUGGGUCGAAACUACAUCAGGUUCGAAUUCGUACAAAGUCCGGACAUCUGGAAUCGAUCAGCUUCGUGGUGGAUGGCGAGUGCCUCUCGGCCAGAAGUCUGCGACCGUACAGCUGCAAAAUGUAGCCUAA